CAACACAAGUGAGGAAGUGGCAAGACGGUAACCUGCUAACGAAAACUAAGUGCUACGGCCAAUACGUUGUUUAUUACCAGUCGUAUUCCGUUAACUACUGUUACGUUAGUUAUUAUCGACAAAGUAACUUUGCCUUUGCUUGGUUUUCAGUUGACAUAGAGUGAGAGGGUACAAUGUUUUGGAGCAGUAGCUGUAGCUUGCUAACGUCUGAGCUAGCAGGCUAACGAUCAGCUGUUGUUUUGGUCGGAGAGAUAGCUGACUAACACGCCAAACUGCAUUUCGUUACAGUAGUCAGCGACGCCAGGGUUUACCGGACUAUAUUUCCUUGUUGUCUGUCGAAACAUUGAACUGCUCCGUCGGUUAAUGGCGACAUAUACAGGCGUACCACCCUAACAGAUUCAUCAGCGGUCCGUCAGUCAGCUGUUGGCCGACAGGCGUCAAAUCCGUGUGGGAUUGAUCCAUCAGAGCCGUCUGUAAUUGAAUCUGCAAUAUCCCCUCAAGAUGCAUGAUGCGUAUGAACCAGUGCCUAUUUUGGAAAAGCUUCCUCUUCAGAUUGACUGCCUUGCGGCCUGGGAGGACUGGCUGCUUGUGGGAACAAAACCAGGGCAUCUCCUUCUCUACCGAAUAAAGAAAGAUGCAGGCACCAACCGGUUCGAGGUGACACUGGAAAAAUCCAAUAAGAACUUCUCAAAGAAGAUUCAGCAGCUUUAUGUUGUCUCACAGUACAAAAUUCUUGUCAGUCUUCUGGAGAACAACAUCCAUGUCCAUGACCUCCUGACCUUCCAGCAGAUCACUGUGGUGUCCAAAGCCAAAGGAGCCACACUCUUUGCAUGUGACCUACAGCAAACUGUCUCCGGAGAGGAACGGUUGAGAAUGUGUGUCGCAGUCAAGAAGAAACUCCAGCUGUAUUACUGGAAGGAUAGAGAGUUCCACGAGCUGCAGGGGGACUUUGCUGCACCAGAUAUUCCAAAGUCCAUGGCUUGGUGUGAAAACUCCAUAUGUGUUGGUUUCAAACGAGACUAUUACCUUAUUCGGAUGGAUGGCCGUGGCUCCAUCAAGGAGCUCUUCCCCACUGGGAAACAGUUAGAGCCUCUUGUUGCCCCACUGGCUGAUGGGAAGGUGGCUGUUGGGCAGGAUGACCUAACUGUGGUCCUAAAUGAAGAGGGUGUUUGCACCCAGAAGUGUGCCCUGAACUGGACAGACAUCCCUAUAGCAAUGGAGCAUCAGCCUCCAUACAUCAUUGCUGUCCUCCCUCGGUACGUGGAGAUCCGGACCUUUGAGCCCAGGCUGCUGGUCCAGAGUGUGGAGCUGCAGAGACCUCGCUUCAUCACCUCAGCAGGGCAAAAUAUUGUGUAUGUUGCCAGCAACCACUUUGUGUGGCGCCUGGUGCCUGUGUCAAUAGCCAGCCAGAUCCGGCAGCUUCUUCAGGACAAGCAGUUUGAGCUGGCCCUUCAGCUGGCGAAGAUGAAGGAUGAUUCAGACGGUGAUAAGAAGCAGCAGAUACAUCACAUCCAGAAUCUAUAUGCCUUCAACCUGUUUUGCCAGAAGAGAUUUGAUGACUCCAUGCAGGUGUUUGCCAAACUCGGCACAGAUCCCACCCACGUGAUUGGACUGUACCCAGACCUGCUCCCGUCAGACUACCGCAAACAGCUCCACUAUCCCAACCCUCUGCCUACACUGUCCGGGGCAGAGCUGGAGAAGGCUCAUCUCGCUCUCAUUGAUUACCUCACCCAGAAACGCAGCCACCUGGUGAAACAGCUGAAUGACUCUGACCCUUCCACAACAUCUCCACUAAUGGAGGGCACGCCGACUAUUAAAAGCCGCAAAAAACUCCUGCAGAUCAUUGAUACCACCCUGCUGAAAUGUUACCUGCAUACCAAUGUGGCCCUGGUGUCCCCCCUCCUUCGUCUGGAGAACAACCACUGCCACAUCGAGGAGAGCGAGUACGUCCUCAAAAAGGCUCACAAGUACAGCGAGCUCAUUAUUCUUUAUGAGAAGAAGGGACUGCACCAGAAAGCUCUGCAGGUGCUGCUGGACCAAUCCACCAAGGCCAACUCUCCGCUGAAGGGCCACGAGCGAACCGUGGAGUACCUCCAAAGACUGGGAGCCGAGAAUCUGGGCAUAAUCUUUGAGUUUUCUCCCUGGGUGCUGAAGAUCUGUCCUGAGGAUGGCCUGAAGAUAUUCACUGAGGACCUGACAGAGGUGGAGACUCUGCCCCGAGACAAGGUGCUGAAUUUCCUGAAGGAGGGCUUUACGGAGCUCGCCAUCCCAUAUUUGGAGCACAUCAUCUACGUGUGGGACGACAAAGGGCCGGAGUUUCACAAUGUGCUGAUCCAGCUCUACCUGGAGAGGGUUCAGGUCCUCAUGAAAGAGUACCUCAGCUCGCUGCCAGAAGGGGUUCCAGCUGUUGCUGCAGGGAAGGAGGAAGGCAAACUGGGAGAGUUCAGGAACAAGUUGCUGUCUUUCCUGGACAUUUCCACCAGCUACGAACCAGGCAGACUCAUCAGCAACUUUCCCUUUGACGGUCUGCUGGAGGAACGGGCUCUUCUUCUGGGCCGGAUGGGUAAACAUGAGCAGGCGCUCUUCAUCUACGUGCACAUCCUGAAGGACACCCACAUGGCCGAAGAAUACUGUCACCGGCACUACAACAGUUUACUUGAGGGGAAUAAAGACGUUUAUCUGUCUUUGCUUCGAAUGUACCUGUCACCCCCUGACGCCCACUGCCUGGGGCCCAUUAAGAUGGAGCUGUCAGGCCCUCAGGCCAACCUCCAGGCAGCCCUGCAGGUCCUGGAGCUGCACCACAGCAAGCUCAACACCACCAAGGCCAUCAACCUGCUCCCAGCAAACACUCAGAUCCGAGAGAUCCGGGUUUUCCUGGAGAGCGUCCUGGAGGAGAAGGCCCAGAGGAAACGCUGUAACCAGGUGCUGAAGAGUCUGCUGCAGGCCGAGUUCCUCAGGGUGCAGGAGGAGAGAAUCUUCCACCAGCAGGUUAAAUGUGUCAUUACAGAGGAAAAGACCUGCAGAGUUUGCAAAAAGAAAAUAGGAAACAGCGCAUUUGCCAGGUAUCCCAACGGUGUGGUGGUUCAUUACUUCUGCUGCAAGGACCGCAACGUGUGUCCCACUGAGCAGUAACAGCUUCUCACUAAGACUGUUUACUAAUAAAUAAUUCCCCCUUUGUCCUUGUGGACUUCAGUGCUUGGACAUCCUUGAACUAGAGAUACAUUUGAAGGUUGGAAGUGCUUGGAACCGGACGUUUGUAUCCAAAGUUAUGAGUGCGGACAUUUUUUUACCUGAGUUAACCUUGGGCACUAUUGCUGUCACGCUCGGCUCACUGAGCAGAGCCGGAGCUCCUUCUGAAAGCAAAGGCUGUGGCUUUCUGUCUCUCUGUGCAUGAAGUAACAGGAGGAAUGUCCGGGGUCGCUCUGCAGGACGGGAGAAACAAAGAGAAAGAGGGAGGUAGACUCUGACAUUUGAAAAGCAUGUGUCACUGUAACGCUAGAAGGGAUUUGUUGCCCUACACGUCGCCUCGGAACAAAACGGGCGCUAUUGACAGACGCCCAGAGGAAGAGGAGCUGCAACAACAGAAGUUAGUUCUCCCUCUCAGCAGGAGAUGAUUACAAGCCUUGGUCAGUGGCUGUCUUCUUUUUUUUUUCUGCCCUUGCCUCUUACCGUCUCUCUCCCCUCCUGUAACACUGUGUAGGCCUCAAACACUGCUUGAUAUGCCAUAUAGACUCUGCAGGAGUACUGUUCAAUGCCUUCUGUGACUGAAGAUUGUACUUACCACAAGGUUAGACGUCUGUCAUGAGAUCUUUUUGUUAGCAUGUGCUGGCACCGAUUAAGCAAAACGGCAUUCGUCUUAUAGUGUGUUCGACUUUUUUGUGUUUUAUUUAAACAUUUGAGGCGACUUCUCCAACUAACAUUAUUCACAGCUGUGUUUUUUUUUAAUUGCAGUUUGUGAAUGAUUUCUACCAGGCAUCGACUCUUUUAAUGCAUUUUUUGAAGUUCUCAUCUCUUUGUUUUCAUUUUUUUUCUCAGCCUUAUGUUACUGUUACAGUGGUAAAACAGUGUUGCAGUAGCACAAGUGGAUAUGAGUCAUAAAGUCAGCAAACUGACUCAAUAAUGUCACUGACACAGCAACAACCGUCUAAAUUUAGUUAAUAUUCUCUAACAUUAGCCACCAUAAGCUGCUGGUGUGUACUGAGCUUUAUUAUGAAUCCAGCUUUUUGUUUGCAAGGGGAAGACGAAGUUACAUUUUCUCGCUUUAAGAUCACAAAAGCGGAUGGAUGUCUGUUUAUUUAUUAUCAAAUCACAUACCUGUGUGAUAAGAACUGGAAGUAAUGCGAAUGACUUGAGAGGUUUGAUUGAUCUGUGCAUUUUAAUGGCAAUAUAGUUAUAAACUGUGUCUGUUUACCGUCCUCCUGGGAGGUAAUCCCAGAAGCAGGACUCGGUUUAUUGAAAAUGAAGUGCGAGCCAAUGAAUGUAAUGUUUUUAGAAUGAGUUGUGGUCCAGAGUGUGAUUGCUCAGUGUCGCUCUGGACCGCAGACUAACAUCACUCAGACAUAUCUGUUUUAACCACAAAGCCCACGUCUGAAUAGUUGGAGGAUUCAUUUUUAAUUUAACGUUCCCACAAGUUGUAGCAUUUUCUGCGUCUCCUGCCCCUUUAAAUACCCUUCUCCUCCUCCUUCUCCUCCUCCUCCUCCUUUGCUCUUAGAGGUUUGCACACAUUCUCUGCUAAGACUGUUUCAGAUUUUUUUUUUGUUUUUGAGUGGGAACAUUUGUACCACCAUGUGCAUACUGUAUAAAGACUGACAGUGUUAAUGACAAAUGUCUCACUGAAGUGAUUUGAUUCUGAGGGGGGAACCCAGCAGGUACCAUCUGUGUGUCUGGCGUUAAUCAGUAAUAAAUAAGUA